AUGGACUCUUUUGCUUUCUUGGUAGGGUUAGAUGAUUGCCUGCAGCAGUAUGUCCACAAGUUUGAACGAGAGAAGAUUAACGGAGAGCAGCUGCUACAGAUUUCCCACCAGGAUCUUGAGGAGCUGGGUGUCACACGCAUCGGACACCAGGAACUUGUGCUGGAGGCUGUCGACCUUCUCUGUGCACUGAAUUAUGGCCUUGAAACUGACAAUAUGAAGAACUUGGUUUUGAAACUGCGAGCGUCCUCCCAUAAUUUACAGAAUUACAUAAGCAGCAGGAGGAAAAGUCAAGCUUAUGAUGGGAACACCUCCCACAAGCCCCCCAAUGAGUUCCUGACUUCUGUAGUGGAGCUCAUAGGUGCUGCCAAGGCCUUGUUAGCUUGGCUAGACAGGGCUCCAUUUACAGGGAUCACUGACUUCUCAGUGACAAAGAAUAAAAUUAUUCAGCUUUGCUUGGACCUGACCACUACAGUCCAGAAGGAUUGCCUUGUAGCAGAAAUGGAGGAUAAAGUUUUGGCUGUAGUCAAGGUUUUAAAUGGCAUCUGUGACAAGACCAUCCGAUCUACCACGGAUCCUGUAAUGAGCCAGUGUGCAUGUCUGGAAGAAGUUCACCUACCAAACAUUAAACCUGGGGAAGGUUUGGGUAUGUACAUCAAAUCAACCUAUGAUGGAUUGCACGUGAUUACGGGAACCACAGAAAAUUCUCCUGCAGACAGAUCCCAGAAGAUUCAUGCUGGUGAUGAAGUCAUUCAGGUUAAUCAGCAAACUGUGGUGGGAUGGCAGCUAAAAAAUCUGGUGAGAAAGUUGAGAGAGAAUCCUACUGGAGUUGUGUUACUGCUUAAGAAGCGCCCCACGAGUUCCUUCAACUUCACUCCUGCCCCCCUGAAAAACCUACGGUGGAGGCCGCCCCUGGUGCAGACCUCGCCUCCCACUACGACCACCCAGUCCCCAGACAGCACGAUGGAUGCCUCACUGAAGAAGGAGAAGCCAGCCAUCCUGGACCUUUACAUUCCUCCCCCACCAAGUGUUCCCUACUCGCCCCGGGAAGAGAAUGGGGGUUCUGUUUACGGAUUCAGUAAAUGUAAACAGCCACAGCCUGGUCCUAAGGGUUCCGAGUCCCCCAAUUCCUUCCUGGACCAGGAAAGCCGGAGACGGAGAUUCACCAUUGCGGAUUCUGAUCAGCUGCCUGGCUAUUCCGUGGAAACCAAUAUUCUGCCCGCAAAAAUGAGAGAGAAAACGCCAUCUUAUGGCAAGCCCCGGCCUCUGUCGAUGCCUGCGGAUGCGAGCUGGAUGGGCAUCGUGGACCCUUUCGCUAGACCUCGAGGUCAUGGGAGGAAAACUUUUGUUUCUACCAAUCUGACAUCAUACAUGGCUACUGAUGGCAAUGAGCUUGUUCCCUUGCGUCAGAAGCAGAGAAAGAGAACUCAAGGUUUUUUCAGCAUGAGUCGAAGGAGGAUAUCGUGUAAAGACCUGGGGCAUGCUGACUGCCAAGGGUGGCUCUAUAAGAAAAAGGAGAAAGGAACUUUCCUAGGCAACAAAUGGAAAAAGUUCUGGGUGGUCCUGAAGGGGUCGUCGCUGUACUGGUACAGCAAUCAGCUGGCAGAAAAGGCUGAUGGAUUUGUUAACCUGCCUGAUUUCACUGUAGAGAAAGCGUCUGAAUGCAAGAAAAAGCAUGCUUUUAAGAUCAGUCAUCCACAGAUCAAGACCUUUUAUUUCGCUGCUGAGAAUGUGCAGGAAAUGAACUUGUGGUUAAACAAAUUGGGAUUAGCUGAAAUCCAUCCUGAAUCCACUUCAAAGGAUGAAGAAUGCUACAGUGAGAGUGAACAGGAAGAUCCUGAAAUAGCGGUCCAGACGCCACCCCUUCAUCACUCUGCAGAGACCAAGAGUGGGGCUGCACAGCAGGCAUCUUCAUCUUCACCCAAAUUGAGUGAAACAUCACGUUCUUUCUCUUCCAUGGAAAACAUAAAAAAGACUCCCAGCAGUUUGUCUUCCUCCAUAUCGAGAGAAAGACAGUCCUGGAUUGACAUGGUUAGCAGCUCAUCUGCCGCUGAAGGUAUGGGAAAGCCUGUGACAUGUGCUGUGCAGCUGCUCUCACCUGCCCCCUCAGAGGCAAACGGCCGCGGGGCCCUGGAAAACAACGCUGAUGCAUCAGAAAGUGGAUUUUUGAACUCUCUGUCAAGUGAUGAUACUUCUUCCUUGAAUAGCAAUGUCAACCAUCUUACCGUCCCAGAUAAGCCUACUGGAUCAAAGAUGACAGACAGAGAAGAGACAAAAGCCUCCGAAGAUGAUGAAAUGGAGAAGCUCUACAAAUCGUUAGAGCAAGCUAGUCUGUCUCCUCUUGGGGACCGACGACCUUCAACCAAAAAGGAGCUGAGAAAGUCCUUUGUCAAGAGGUGCAAGAAUCCAUCCAUAAAUGAGAAACUCCACAAAAUACGAACUUUGAAUAGCACAUUAAAGUGUAAAGAACACGACCUGGCCAUGAUUAACCAGCUGCUGGAUGAUCCGAAGCUGACAGCCAGAAAAUACAGGGAGUGGAAGGUCAUGAACACCCUGCUGAUCCAGGACAUCUAUCAGCAACAUCAGCAGAGGCGAGCCCCCAUGUCUGCCUCCGAAGGCUCCCCCCAGAAACCACCUUCCUCUGCCCGCCUUGAAAAUUCUAUUUGA